AUGACUACCCCCAAGCUCUUGUCUGUUGAGGAGAUCUCCAAGCACAACACACCAGAAGACUGCUGGAUCGUGGUCGAUGGCAAUGUCUGGGACUUGACCGAGUUCGCACCAGAACAUCCAGGUGCUCCUGAGGUAAUCUGGAAACACGCCGGCCGCGACGCAACAACCACCUACUCCACCAUCCACACGCCCUCCUUACUCCCGAAGAACCUCGACCCGUCCAAAUACAUCGGCCAGCUCGACAAACGCACCAUCACAGAAGAAUGGCAGAAACCCCCGCCGACCGCCACACCCGAGCUCCAGCUCAGCGAGAAACCUCCCCUCUCCGCCGUGAUCAACGCUCAAGACUUUGAAGAUAUCGCGGAGAAAACGGUCAGCAAGAAGACAUGGGCUUUCUACUCGUCCGCGGAUACGAACUGCUUGACGCGGGAUAGGAACAAGGAGUACUUUGGCAGGAUAUGGUUUCGGCCAAGGUUGUUGCGGGAUGUGAAGAACGUCGAUACAUCGACGAGGAUACUGGGACAUGAAGUUGGUCUGCCGAUCUUUGUGGCUCCGGCGGCUAUGGUCAAGAUGAUUCAUCCAGAUGGGGAGAAAGCGAUUGCGAAGGGGUGUAUCAAGGAGAGAGUGCCUCAGGGGAUAUCGACCAAUGCCAGCUUUCCUGUUGAGGAGGUUGUCCAGAGUAUACCUGGUGGGUCUCAUGCGUUCUUCUUCCAACUUUAUGUCAACAAAGAUCGCCGUAAGAGCGAGGAACUGUUGAAGCAUGUACGAAGCUUGGGCGUGGACACCGUCUUGGUCACAGUAGACGCUCCGAUGCCCGGCAAGCGAGAAGCCGACGAGCGGGUCAAAAUGGACGAGAACCUCAGCACGCCCAUGAGUGGUAUGAAGGGCAGCAACGAUCAGAGAGGUGGUGGGAUUGGACGACUAAUGGGAGGCUACAUCGCCCCUGAUUUCACCUGGGACGAAUUCAAAUGGCUGAGACAGCACUGGGACGGCAAGAUCGUUGCCAAGGGCAUUCAGAGCUGGCAGGAUGCGAAGAUGUGCGCGGAUGCUGGGCUGGAUGGGGUCUUGCUUUCGAAUCAUGGAGGGAGGAAUCUCGAUACCUCCCCACCCGCCAUCAUGACGCUCCUCGAAUGCCAACUCAACUGCCCCUCCAUCUUUUCCCAGCUCGAAGUCCUCGUGGACAGCGGCAUCCGGCGAGGCUCCGUCAUCCUCAAAUGCCUCUGUCUCGGCGCCACAGCCGUUGGCCUCGGCCGUCCGUUCCUCUUCGCAGCCCACUAUGGCGAGGAAGGCGUGCAGCAUCUGAUCGAUAUCCUCAAGACGGAGCUCGCGACGGCGAUGGCGUUGGUGGGGAUCACAGAUUUGAGGCAGUGUGAGCCUGGGUUGGUAAGUACGUUGGAUUUGGACUUCUUGGUGAGUAGAGGGGAGGGGCAUCCGUAUGCGAGGGGACGGAGGUUGGAGUGGUAUGCUGGGAGGGCGAAGUUAUAG